AUGGCUUUCCAAGCGCAACUGCCAAUAAAUAGAACUGAGCCUGAGGUAGUAGUCGUAUUAACAGCAGAUACACCAUUAUUUGGUAUGAAUUCUAAAAUAGACCAAAUAUUAAUAACUUUUCAAGAAAUAUUCAAAGAACUAUUACAUAUCAAAAAUAAUAAUGGUGAACUGUCUUACAAAAAAGAUUUUGAUGCUGAGAGUAUUAAAAAUAUUAUACUUUCUAAAUUAGGUUAUGGAUGUUUAGGCCCAUCUCCUAAUAUUGUUAUCCUUGAACCUGGAAUGAAUUCAAACUCUGAUGAAGAAAUUUUACAUGCUGCUGAAAUGUAUAAAAAAGACUUUAAUUUGAAAGAUUCUGAUUUUCUUGAUAUUGUGGCUGAUGAAGCAAUAUAUCGUCAAUUAAUUAAAGUUCUAUUUUCAAGUUAUGGAUUAUUAAGCUUAGCUUCACGUCUUGGUGUAAGAUUUCUGGAUAAAUUUGAAAUUGCAGUUGAUUACCGUUUAACAGCUAGAAUUCUGGAUCUUUUAUGGAUUGCUGUAGGAAUAGCAAUUAAUAUUUACAUUACUUCAAAAAAUAUACCUUUUUCAGCAAUCAUGGAUGGUAAAAAUGAUACUCACAUUUGUCUUAAAGUUUGGUAUCUUUAUUAUAAAUGGGCAGGUAUCUGGAAAGCUCAUAGAAUGGGAAUUCAUAUAGGAAAUUUUAAUAUUCAAAGAGAUUCUUUAGUACCUCUUUUUGCUAGUGCUGCUAAAUCUAAUUAUACAACUGCGAUUGCUCACUUUCUUUCAAAUAUAGCUGCUCAUCCACAAUUAGAGGAAAAUCUACAUCACGUUGGCUCUUUUAAAAUUCCACGUGAAAAAAAUGAAGAAAAUGAUCCUUUCUAUACUUGUUUUGGAUUUGAUGAAGCGCUAUAG